AUGCUCUGGAUAUUGAUCGUGUCUUUACCGAUCGCUCUUGCUGCGCACUUUCCUGACCCUCCAGUGUUUGCUGCCGUUCCAUCUUAUCCUUCAAUUUGCUAUCUCCCACCAGAUUCUGGACUUUGUGAUACUAAGGAGAAACCCGAACUACUAGUUAGAUAUUACUUCGAUUCAAUAUCUCAAAAGUGCUAUCCGUUUGGUGUUCAAGGAUGUGGAGGAAACGAGAACAGAUUCAAAGAUAUGCAAUCAUGUGAUAAGUAUUGCCAAUUGGAGACCAAGUAG